UGUAAUUCAAAUAAGAGUCCACAAUUGUCAUUUACCUAAAAACAUUGACUCAUUUUACCACCUUAUAAACUGACCAUAUCAUGAAAAGCAUGGUAUUUUUUAUCGUUCCAUUCUGUGUUUUUCUGCUGAUUUUAUCAACUGGUUGUGAUGCUGCAUGGGAAACAAGACGUGCAAAACCGUCUCAGACUUGCCAGAAAGUAGAUGCCGCUCACCUUCACUUGACCUUGGAAGGGAUAUGGUAUGAGGUCAAGAGGUCAGGGUCAAUUGAGUUCGAUGUUGUGCCUCUCAGGUGUCCAGUGAUGAGCAUUGGUUUCUGGAAAUACGGAUACGGCUGGCAUCUUCAGUUGAACAAGACUGCCUUCACUACUCUGCGAUAUCCGAAGACGACUAACCACUUUGCCCAUCAGCCAUUCUCCCUCCAGUCUACAUCAGAGGGGGCAUUCGUGUACUCGGAGGACAAACUUCAGCCACACAAAAAAGAGCCAGACUUUUUCAUAGUCCAUUUUGGAGACCAGUUCCUCCUGACUUACUCAUGCAUAGAAAAAGCCAGGGGUGUGUUCGAGGAGUCCGCCUCCAUCUACUCACGUGACCCGCAUCCCAAAAAGCGUGAACUUAAAGAGGCGGAGAAAGUGUUCCAGGAAAAAGGAAUUGAAGUGAAAUUGGAAGACGUGGACCAACACAGGUGUCCAGAGUUUGGACUCGAUUCAGUCGGAGAACUGUCUAGAUCAAUGCGGACUCUGAAGGUGUUUAAUGAGCGAAGCCAGAACUUAGACUGGGAAUAUCUGGCAUACAAAUUGUGUUUUCUAAGAGCAGAGAGUUUAGAGGCGAGGGCUAGUUGCUGGCUCAAUUACACAUCAAAUAAAAGAGACCACCAGAGACUGCUGAAGUUGGAUCCAUUUUGAUCAUGUCAUGUUUGUGUGAGCGAAGAGAUAUUCAAAAUAAACCUAAAAAUGGCCUUCAGAAUACUUCAGUUUCAUUCAUAUGCUCCAGAACUUUAAUUUUAUUUCAAAACACGACUGUUGUGAUCAAACCAUUUUUGAGGGAAAUAAUUUUAACGUCUAUGAAGAGGA